AUGGUGUGGAUAUUUACAAGUAGGCCAGCACUUAAGCGUUAUGUUAGAGUGAUGAGUGCCUACUACUUGGCGGCAAGGCAACUUGAGUUUUUCAAAGGAAGAAAUGUCCUGGCAAUUGCUCAACAUCAUGACGCUAUUUCUGCUACAUCAAAACAGCACGUGGCUGAUGAUUAUGCAAAAAGACAAACAAUAGGCGAUGUGGAGGCAAUUUACCAAAUUGUUGUGUCGAUUUUGGCUGGAUGGAAGCGGGUGGACAUUGUCCGGCUUCCUGUGAGUCGAUCAAGUUCUUGUUCGUGGAAAGGACACGAAGUUGAGUCUCAACUCAUUCCAUUUACGGAUGAGUAUGCGGCCUUAAGGAACUAUCAUGUAGAGACAUAUUUAGGUCACACCCCUACACAGAUGCCAAAAUACUGGCUUGUGUUUUGGGUUUUUGUGCCUCCUGCUAAGAAAACAGGUGGAUAUUCUAGCAAAUAAUAAUUUAGGUGGAUAUUCAAGCAAAUCAUAUGUCUCCAGAUAUUUUUGAGAUGGAGAAAGAUCAAUAAUUUUGUCUGGAUUGCAAUCGACAUGAGACGGCCAGAAGGAGAUUUGAGAAGAAGGUUUUUUGGUUUGUAUUGUGGAUGUAUGUGUUGUUUUGAAAGUGUGAGUUUUUAUAUUUUUUGUCCCACGGAAUAUAAUUAUUUACUGUGAGUUAUUUUGUUAUAAGCUUUAUUAACAGUGAACUUUUAUAUAU